AUGAGUUCAGUACUGCAAUACAAGAGAACAGAAGUCAUUGGAAGGGGAAAAUUCGGUGUUGUUUACAAAGCAUACCACAAACAAACAAAACAAAUUUACGCCAUCAAAGUUUUAAAUCUAGAUACAGAAGAGGAAGAAAUCAAGGAUGUUCAACAAGAAAUACAGUUUCUUUCGGAGUUGAAAAAUGUGCCAAACAUUACUCAUUAUUAUGGAUCGAUUCUACAUGACACCAAGCUUUGGAUAGUAAUGGACUACUGCGCAGGUGGAUCGCUACGAACUUUGCUCAAACCAGGUGUACUUGAAGAGAAGUACAUUGCGAUUAUCACUAGAGAGUUAUUGAUGACUUUAAGCGAAGUUCAUAAGAUGGGAGUGAUUCAUCGUGAUUUGAAAGCUGCAAACGUGCUAAUAACGAAAGAAGGAAAUGUCCAACUUUGUGAUUUUGGAGUGGCAGCAAAGAUUUCAUCAAAGUCCCAAAGGCGAACGACCAUGGCGGGAACCCCAUACUGGAUGGCUCCGGAAGUUAUUAAAUCGGGGGAAACAUAUAAUAGUAAGGCUGAUAUUUGGUCUUUGGGUGUCACCAUCUACGAAACAGCAACAGGUAAUCCUCCAUACUGUGACAAAGAUGCUUCAUGGGCCAUGCAGUUGAUUGCUAAAGCAACUCCUCCGCGAUUAGAAGGAGGAGACUAUUCACCAGCUCUUAAAGAAUGUGUUGCCUUGUGCCUUGAUGAAAAUCCUGAAGAUCGACCUUCGGCUGAUGACUUGCUCCGAUGCAAACUUGUUAAACUUUAUAAAAAUUACCCUACUGGUAUUUUGAAAGAAGUCAUAUCACGUUACUUACUUUGGAGAGAAAGACAUUCUUCAAGAGACUCCGUUUUCAUAAAUUUAGAGCAUGAACAUGAGGAUACCGUUGAUGAGAUUGUAAAAAAUAAAUUGCCCGGAUUUGGAGAAGAUGAUGUAGGAAAUAAUAACGGUAACACUAAUAACGCCAAUGGUGACCAGAUCCAAGUUAAGUGGGACUUUGACUCCUUAGAGUCCAAGGAAUAUAUGAUGGAGAAUGAUAUUGAUAUAAACAAAGUUGAUUACUCAAAAAAUUACGAAACACAGAGCGGUGAAAAUACGUAUUCUACCCUACCAACACUUAAAGGGUCCUCGACAGCUGAUAGAUCAAAUAAUACAGCAACUUUUAACCAGCUGCAGCAAGGAGGGACAAUGAAGAACGCCUCAGAUGUCCCAAGGACGUUACAAAUGCUAUUUGAAGAUCCGGAUGAGAACAAGCUGGAGUUUUCUGGCUAUGCUGCACCACCGACAAUUGGAAACGAUGGAACAGAGUCUCCUACAAUUGAAAUACCGGAUAUGGAAGCGCUAUCGUCAUUUCCUUCCACAAGUAAUCUAACUGCACACACCAACAACAACAGCAACAAUAACAACAAUAACAAUAACAAUAAUAACAACAACAAUAAUAAUAAUAAUAAUAGUACGAGCAACAGCAAUAGUAAUAACUUGCAUAAUCCACAGGUGCUAAAUAGACCACCAGCAUUGUAUCACACACAAUCUGCUUCAGGAGCGCUAGAAUCCCGAUUCAAUCCUUUAAAUACAUCACCAGUUGAACCCAGGCCUCGUAAAAAGACGAUUUCCAACACUCUAGGUCACUCUGGCUCCAACCUAUCUCCUACACCAUCUGGGCCCAUGCCACAUACUCCUCCUUAUACAAACAACAGUAAUUCAAUUCGUACUCCUUCUCCCAAGCCACCAGUUAGCUCAGGCUUGCAAAAUCUUACCAACAUUGUCUCAAAGGCUGGUUCACCUUCGAAAAUGAAAGCAUUACAGGGUAAUACAAAUCCACUUUUGCAACCAAUAAAUUUUAAUGCAUCUACAACCGAUGUUUCUCGAGCUGCAGGAACCUCAAAUGCAGGUGCUAUAAAUAUCGGUGGCAAUUCUAGCACAUCUUUAGGAGUUCCUGGUUCUACAGUGGGUACACCACCUCAACUAGUUCAACAGCAUUCAAUGCCAAUUUUGCCCCAGCAAGGUGCUCAUUCUAGUGGCCUGCAUUCUGCCAAUCUCAAAGCAAGACGAAAUAGACCGGGCUUUAUUCAAAUGCCCACCCCUUCAAAUACUGUCAACACAUUAGCUGCAUUGACCACCAGUAGUGACCUACAUCGUGACGACAAAGAUGUUAAUCAGUUUGGAAUUAGCAUAUCGCAAGCGGCACAGAUGCCCAUCUCCAUGACUCCAGUAACUGAGAAAGAACCUAUUCAGUUUGCUGGAAACCCAGAUGCACAAAUUGAAAAGGGUGUUGCGAAAGAAACAUCAUCCAUCACUACAAGUAAACCUCAUCAAAGCAGCCUUCUGGCGCAAAAGAAGUCGCAACCGCAACCUCAACCGCAAUCGCAACCUCAACCGCAACCGCAACCUCAACCGCAGCCGCAGCCGUCGCUGUCGCUGUCGCCAUCGAAUCAAGUGUUUAUCAAUGCUUCCGCUUCGCAACCGAAUCUAACUCUAGGCAAUACCAAAUCGACAGUGGAAACUACAUCAGAACACAACUCUAGCUUUUCUGCUUCGGCUUUUCCUCAAAAUCCCCUCAAUCCUCCUCAUCCUCAUCCUCAUCCUCAUCCUCACCCCCAUCCACCUUUAGCGUCUUCUUUUACCGCUAAAUCGGCCACUAUUUUCCCUUCGGUACCCGCUAUAAAUGGGGAUUUUUUCCUUGACUCGAGCACGAGUAAAAACAAUUUAGUCAAUGAAUUGGACUCCAUGAUUCAGCUUUUUACUCAAGGAUUAGAUGCUUUGGAAGAAAGUUUAUAA